UACACGCUGUCCUUUACCUUUAAAACACUUUAAAAAUAACGACACAUCACGAUUAAACCCGUGUCAUGUAGAUCUCUAUGACCAGAAGAGUAUGGCGAUCACAGGUGGACGGUUGCAGUGAGGUGGAGUUUGCACACAUUAUGGCGAGUGUGCUGUGCAGGAGGGUCAGACAGGUGAGUCAGUCGUCUGUGGUUCACACACUGGCUCAGAGGAUCGUGGCCGUUAGAGGUUUUUCAGCCGCGGGCUCGUCUGGAUCAGAUGAGCCGUAUAUAGCUGUACCGUCUCAAAAUUCAGGUCCUAGAACAGUGUGGCCAGAUGAGACCAUGGGUCCGUUUGGGCCUCAAGAUCAGCGGUUCCAGUUGCCAGGCAACGUGGGUUUCGAUUGUCACCUGAAGGGUACCGGGUUACAGAUGAAAGGGCCGGUCCACAGGACGGUCCCGGACAUUUUAACCUCCCCAUCCAGCACAGAGAGACACGAGUUCAUCCUCGCUCAGUUUGUUAAUGAGUAUCAGGGUAAAGAAGCGUCUCUGACGGCGCAGCGAGUCAGUAAAGCUGAACACUAUUUCAGUCAGUCAGAUGUGGAGUGUACAAUGCAUUCCUGCCCAGAGCUGCUGAAGAAAGAGCUAGAGCUGUUUUUCCCAGUGCUCCCUGUGAGUCCCAUCACCGUCGUCACCGUAACACAGAAGACGGGCACAGAAGAUCAGAACAAAGAUCAGCAGAAGCUACUAGAUAAUUUUGUCAGUGGUGCUAAAGAGAUCUGCUUCACACUGUGGAGAGGGGGAUACUGGGCCGAUUUCAUCAGUCCACUGUCAGGAAAAGCUUUUUUUGGCGAUCAGACGCCGGACUUGAUUCUACAGCAAGACGUUGAGCGAUUAGCAAAUGCAUUCGGUAGGAUGAACUAA